UGCCCGGCUUCUCAUCCAUACAAGAAUCAUCGCUCCUCGCUGGAAAGAACCAGAGCAACUGUAUACAUUACAUCCAUCCGUACAUCCAUCCAACCGUGCAUGCUUUACACAAUGCCAUGCUCAGAGGAUUCCACAACAGAUUCUACUACAACCACCCUUACAGAUCCCUUUACCGAUGGCGGCCAUACCACGGAUCAUCCAGGAACUGAGAAUGCCAUGGACGUCGAUCAGCAAGAGGACCAGAUGGAAAGCGACACAGACUCGACUACCUCGACUUCAUUGCCAACUUCCUUCUUGUCGGGAAUCAGGACACUGGAGCAAAGGCGAGUCUCAGCUUCUGUGCUGUCCACACCGCAGACCAGCCUGAACCUUUCGCUCCUGGAUGGAGAACGAGCAACGGCCAUCCCGAAGAGGCGUGUUUUGAAGAAACUGUCGCAACUCGACGAUGAUGAUUGCAUAUCGACCCCUACAAAAAUCAAUAGAUCCACUGCGCCUCUUCAGCCUAUAUUUGCGCGGUCAAACUCGCUGCUAUCACUGAUGCAUGAGAAGGGGACAUUAUUGGGCAAACACCCGCAAACUCCAAGUCCAUGCGAGGAACGAUCAACACGGACAAAGGGCUUCAAGAGUCUUAGCAGCGGUAUGAAAGGUGGGAGUGAAAGAGCAUUCUUUACGUUGCGCGGUAUGAGCAUGAGGGGGAUCUUUCUCAAAACUAAUUUUGAACGACUCGACGGUUAUCGGCCUGGGCCAUCUGAAGGCAGCAACAGACCGAUAGAGGCGUUAGGUCUCUCGCAGUCGGACACUUCAGGAUCAGAAAGUACCACGCCAUCGUUCUCACCAAUAGCGCCGUUCUCGCCUAUACUCCCUCCGAACUUUGGGACGCCGCCGGGGACGCCUUCGCGGGCCGAUUCCUUCGACCUGUUUACCUCAGUACCACAGUCACCGAUCGCUUCACCAUUUGGACUUGGUCGUAGCGAUGAUAAUCCGUUCUUGGGAUCAACUAGUCGAAGACCUCGUUUCGAAAUGGACUAUCUGUCGGAGAGCCAAUGGUACUCGGACUAUCCUCAUCAUCUAACAAAGGAGUAUCUUGAGGAGUUGUUCAACCUGGACAAGCGAGUCAUGUUUACGGAGACAAAGUCGGGUUCAAGGAAUUAUCCUGAUUACCUGAAAUCCAACUUUUAUGUCAGCGAGACACUGCUCGGGAAAGGCGACUUUGCUGAUGUGCUGAAAGUACAGAACAAGCACAACAAGGAAUUCUAUGCUGUGAAGCGACUCGUGAGGACUGUUCAAGGAGCCAUGGAGAGAAAGCGAUAUUUGAAUGAAGUCAGGAAUAUGUGGCGCGUGGAAAAGUGCCCGAAUGUGCUGCAGUUGUUAGAGGCUUGGGAGCAGAGAGGCAAGAUCUAUAUGAAGAUGGAGCUGUGCAGACUCGGAAGUCUAAAAUCAGCUCUGCUAGCACAGAAAAAAUAUGGAGGGUUCAAUGAACGACGAGCAUGGAGGUGUCUCGCAGAUCUUGCAUCGGGUCUGCGCGCCAUUCACGACAGCAAUAUCAUUCAUCUGGACAUCAAACCAGAGAACGUCUUUAUCACUGCGGCAGGCUCCCUGAAGAUUGGCGAUUUUGGACUAUCAAUCACCUACCCAGUCGAGACGAAGGAUGUCACUGAGGGAGACAAGUAUUAUAUGGCUCAGGAACUGCUGAACGGAGAGUGUGGGAAGCACUCGGAUAUCUUUAGUCUGGGAAUGACUCUUUAUGAGAUGGUCACGAAUCAGGUGGACGAUCUCCCGGGAGAGGGUCGACUCUGGCAUCGCCUCAGAGACGGGGACUUUGACAUGAAGGAGUACAUGACUGAGGAUAUCGUUUCACUGCCGCCCUCAUCGUCGGAUGACACUUCUGGAAAAGAUCAACAAGCAGCAACUUCUACGUCCUUGCCAGCAGCGACAGGUACAACUCCACAUACGACUAUCAAGAUAUUUGGCUACCACAAACUGUUCUCAAAAGAGCUACUGGACCUGAUCAAGAAAAUGAUGCAGCCAACAUAUGAGCAGCGACCGACAGCAGCGGCGAUUCUGAAGACUCCAAGAGUCCACGAGAUCCUGGCAAAGCACAGCGAGAAUGGCAGCAAAGGCGUGCGAACGGACGAAGCUAUGAGCGGUCUCUUGUUGCAGUCAAUCUAGCGAACUUUUUUUUCUUCUUCUUCUUCAUCCUGUUCAUCCUUGAAAGGAUCAUUCAUUGCAUUGUACCGCAUUGCGCGUUAGUACUGAAGCGUACCGACAUCCUGAACAUAUAAUUAAAGCGUGUGCGCCUUUGAUAGCUUUGCAGAUGAUUAUGCGAUC